GCCCGUGUAAAAAACAUUAACAUCCGGCGGCAUCAUCACCUCUUCGUUUAGCUAGGUAGUUGUGCCUCGUAUUUUAUAGUUGUUCAUUUCACACAGCGACAAAAAUGCCAACACUAUGUUCAGCAUACAACUGCAAAAAUCGCGGUCCGAAAGCUGAUGUAGGAUUUUUUAGUUUCCCCAAAAAUGACCCUGAAAGACGCAAGCGAUGGAUUAUUAAUAUGAAGUGGAAAGACUGGAAUCCGCAACACCACCACCGUGUGUGCUCCAUUCACUUUGAAGACAAGUACAUUUGCCGGAUGGACAAACGUCAACGUCUCACGCCAGACGCAGUCCCGACCAUUUUUGACUUCCCAGAGAACUUUCAAAAGAAGAAGGCAUCCAUCCACCCACAGAGUAGAAGAGCCAGGAGUGAUGGGUUGCCAGAGAAGUAUACUGCUGCCCAUGCUGUUACAGUGGCUGAACCGGUCACAACACCAAGCCCCACCGUCACAUCAGAGACGAGCAAGCCGGCUAAAGACAAUGCUAAAGCUCCAGAAAAAGUUACCUCUUCAAGUUGGUAUAUCCAUGUAGAUGAAGAAAUCCAAAUGGCUGAAUCCCUCCCAGGUUUCUUCCACAGUGAUUACUGUCUACCACACAGUAUUCGCUGGGGAUUCAAAGAUGAUGUUGCCCCGAAGGUGGCAUGUGAGAACAUGGAGUUCCAACUUCCACCUCUCAAGCACAUAAUAGAGAUCACAGAGGCAUGGGAGUGGCUGGGUAUGGACAUUAGAGGGCCACUGCCCCUAACACCGAACGGACACCAGUACGUUCUGACCUUGACAGACUUCUACUCCAAAUGGGUGGAGGCCUUCCCCCUGAGAGGUUGUAGCUCUACUGAGGUAGCGCAGCAUGUCGCUGAAGUCAUCUCUCACUUUGGCUUCCCUUUUGGAAUCCUUGUUCGACUAAAGAGGAAGUUUACCAGUAAGAUCAACCUUGCCUUAAACAGUCAUCUGAAGCUGAGGGGGUUCUCUCUCUUAUACCGUCAUCGGCAAGUUGGAUCACUGGAUCUGGCCACACAGACCCUGAUCAGCAGGAUGGUGUCUGAUCUUGUGAAGGACCAUCCAGACAACUGGGAUGUCUGCCUCCCUGCAAAGGUGUUCAGUCUGUGUUUCAAGGAGCACCCCAAGACCAAGCAGAGACCUUUCUCUCUGCUGUGCUGCAAAGGACCACAGCCGGUCACCACCCCUAGGGAUCUGUCUUUCAGUCCUGCAGAGCUCAGAGAGAGUUCCUUUGCAAUCCAGUCAAAUCAAGAGGGUGGGCAUGACACUGAUCCGCAAGACAUCGUUGGCAUUGAAUCUGGAAAGGAAACAGCUGGAAAGAGCACUGUUACGAGGGUCUCCUUUUUAAGAAGCAACACAGAGAGUAACAACACUGACGGUAACACAUAUGGUAACCCAGACGGUAACCCGGACAGUCGCACGGAGGGUAACCCCGACGGUAGCACGGAGGGUAACCCCGACGGUAGCACGGAGGGUAACCCCGACGGUAGCACGGAGGGUAACCCCGACGGUAGCACGGAGGGUAACCCCGACGGUAGCACGGAGGGUAACACCGACGGUAGCACGGAGGGUAACACCGACGGUAGCACGGAGGGUAACACCGACGGUAGCACGGAGGGUAACACCAACAGUGAGCGAUCCUCUGAAGAACAUCAUGCCAUGGAAAACUGAAUAAUUGAUUGGAUGAGCGCUCUAUCUAUCGGGGGUGUAGUUUUUAUUUUUAUCAUUUUGAUUAGAAACACUUGUCUUAUGGUUGUUUGGCUGGUGUACUGGGUCAUGAUUGUUACACAGGAGGAUGAUAGGAGUUUAUGAACCAACUGGAUCAAUUCAAAAUCAGUCAAAACAUAAUGCAUAGCAGCAUAGAUGAUGGAAUAGUGAUAAGCUUAUCCUAAAAGCAAUGUCUUUAUUUUUCACUGUAAACUUAAUUUUUUUCUUCCAGUAAAUGAAUCCAAACAUG